CCCCACCCCUUAGAGGCUUAGACGGUGAGACCGCCGCCGCCUCCGCCUCGUUGCUUUCUCAGCCUUCGUGCGAAGGCGACGCCUCCCUCUCUUCCCCGGCGCACUCCGACAGCCGACGCCAUGGUGAAGUACUCGCAGGAGCCGGGCAACCCGACCAAGUCGGCCAAGGCCAUGGGCAGGGAUCUCAGGGUCCACUUCAAGAACACAAGGGAGACAGCUUUUGCACUUCGCAAGCUGCCUUUGGCCAAGGCUAAGCGGUACCUUGAGGAUGUUAUGGCUCACAAGCAGGCAAUUCCCUUCCGGAGAUACUGCGGGGGCGUUGGUCGCACUGCUCAAGCAAAGUCUCGCCACUCAAAUGGCCAGGGUCGCUGGCCUGUGAAAUCAGCCAGAUUCAUAUUGGAUUUGCUGAAGAAUGCUGAGAGUAACGCUGAUGUGAAAGGCUUGGAUGUCGACAACCUCUAUGUUUCACACAUCCAGGUGAACCAAGCCCAGAAGCAGAGGCGUCGCACAUACCGUGCUCAUGGACGCAUCAAUCCUUACAUGUCCUCACCUUGCCACAUUGAGUUGAUCCUGUCAGAGAAGGAAGAACCUGUUAAGAAAGAGGCUGAUAACAUUGUCGCAUCAAGGAAGCAGUGAAGUAUGUUAGCUUGAGCAAGGCUAUUUUGUCGAAGAAUUAUAGCUGUAGCUCUUAUGUUCUUUUUCUGGCAGCCUUGCCUAUUGAGAUGUUCCUGGUUAAUGCUUGGAAUCAGGAUUUCCUGAGCUUCAGAUUGUACGGGCAAUUCGUAAUAUAUUUUACAGUAGUUUUAAGAUAUUUGGGCACUUGUCUGCUUGGACUCAUUUGAUCAACUUGAAUAUGGUUAUGGCGAAAUUUAUUCGCCCAGACUUUGCAUUGAAA